AUGAGACUCUCGUGGAUAUUCCUCUUUCUUGUCUGCCUGUUUAUCAGAAGCCAUGUUCUGUCGGAAUAUUCCGGUUUCAAACAAGGUCACCUAUUUAAUGUAAACUACUUUCUUCUCAUUAUGAGUUUUCUCAACAUAGACUUCCAUUUUGUUACCAGCUUCCCAGGCAUGGGAAGUGAAAAUGGUAAUGGGUCGAAUACAGGCCUCCCAAGUGAUGCUGGAGAUGAAUCCAUUUAUCUGGGAGAUGAUGUCUUGGAACUCCAGGCUCCUGUGACUUCUAGUUCACCUGAAAAUGUCUCUGAGUUCGACCAGGACAUUGUGGAUGAACUUGAUCAAUAUGAGACGAAUAUUUCAGACUCCUUGGACACAAAUGGCAUUACCAGGCAAUUGUCAAUACCUGCCAUCCACCCAGAGAUCCUGGCCCAAGAAGGGCUGCUGAGCACUGUUAUUCUCAACAGCCAGAAUCUGUUUGAGAAGAGGGAAGAGCUACAAACACUUCUCCUGGGUGGCAGUGUAUCAUUUGAUGUCAAAAAUGACCUCCUGGAGGCAGCAGGGACCAAGGCUGUGGAAGGCCUGGUCUGCAAAGGCUCCCUAGGUGGGCUUUGUGGCCACGGGAGCCUCUCUGGCAUGAAUGAUGUUCUGAAGAACAUGGACUCUGUAAAACUCAACAGCUGGCUCAAUGUCACCCGCUUUGACAUUGUCCAGUUGUCAUGGAAAGCCUCUGCCUCAUCCAAUCCCGAACUUAUACUUCAUACCAAGUUGACCAUCAACUUCUCAGGGAUGUUCUCAUUUCUCAGCGGCUCCAUGGUGGAUGUGAACAUCGUGAUCCCCUUGGGUUUGCAAGAAGUUGAGCCUGGCCAACUCUCAUUUUCUGUGAAGAGCUGCCAGGCAGUGUUCACUGGGAUCCAAGUGGAAACAGGCGUGUUCUCCAAAAUGGUGGACUCAAUGAUGAAAUGGUCCUUGGACAUCUUCUUGCCUAACCUGUUGUGCCCAGUGGUCCGAUUCUGGUUCUACAUCAUCAACCAACAGUUAGCCAUUCUCAAAAAUAUUACCUCAUUUGAGAUGCUGGGGAACAUCAGCCUGCCCAGUACCCCACAACAUAUGAUGUACGAAGGCUCUUAUCAUAUGGACUUUAAGGACAAAAAUUUCCCGGCUUCUUUCAUCAUCUGGCUGAUUAAAAGUAAGCUUUCUUUUUCCAUAUUCAUCCCAGAACCCCACAAUCCUACCUCUCUCUUCAGUGUUGAACAUCGUGAAGGGUCCUGA